AGCGGGUGCGGAAGAAGGUCCAGGUGCUGGGGUCGUGCAGCGUGGCUGGGAACCUGGCUAGAGAUGGAGUUCGACUGCGAAAGUCUGAGACGGCUGCUCGGCAAGUACAAGUUCAGGGAUCUAACUGUGGAAGAACUGAAGAAUGUAAAUAAAUUUUUCCCACAUUUCAGAUACUCCAUGGACACCUAUGUUUUUAAAGAUAGUUCCCAGAAAGACCUGCUGAAUUUUACUGGCACUAUUCCUGUGAUGUAUCAGGGUAAUACAUAUAACAUACCAGUUCGCUUCUGGAUUUUGGAUUCUCACCCUUUUGCUCCCCCAAUUUGCUUCUUGAAGCCAACUGCAAAUAUGGGAAUCUCAGUUGGAAAGCAUGUGGAUGCCCAAGGCAGAAUAUACUUACCCUAUCUGCAGAGCUGGAGCCAUCCUAAAUCUGUCAUUGUUGGAUUAAUUAAAGAAAUGAUUGCCAAGUUUCAAGAGGAACUUCCCUUGUAUUCUCUGCCAUCAUCUGAUGAGGCUCGGCAGGCGGACUUGCUAGCUUAUAUUGCAAAAAUCACGGAAGGUGUCUCAGACCUGAAUUCAAAGAGCUGGACAAACCAUGAGAAUAAAACAGUCAAUAAAAUCACUGUGGUUGGAAGUGGAGAGUUGGGUAUUGCCUGCACAUUAGCAAUUUCAGCAAAGGGUAUUGCAGACAGACUGGUGCUCUUAGACCCCUCAGAAGGAACUAAAGGAGGAACAAUGGACCUUGACAUCUUCAACCUGCCUAAUGUGGAGAUUAGCAAAGAUUUGUCUGCCUCUGCUCAUUCCAAGGUGGUGAUCCUCACAGUCAACUCCUUGGGUAGUUCUCAGUCCUACCUUGAUGUGGUGCAGAGCAACGUGGAUAUGUUCAGAGCUCUUGUGCCAGCUCUGGGGCAUUAUAGUCAAGACAGUGUCCUGCUUGUUGCGUCUCAACCAGUGGAAAUCAUGGCAUAUGUGACAUGGAAACUGAGUGCAUUUCCUGCAAAUCGAGUGAUUGGAAUUGGCUGCAAUCUGGAUUCACAGAGGUUACAAUAUAUUAUUACAAACGUUUUGAAAGCACAGACUUCAGGCAAAGAAGUGUGGGUUAUUGGUGAGCAGGGAGAAAACAAAGUGCCCAUGUGGAGUGGCCAAGAAGUAAUGAGUCCUAACUCUCAGGUGCAACUGUCCAACAGAGCCAUGGAACUCUUAAGGGUGAAAGGUCAAAGAUCCUGGUCUGUGGGACUGUCAGUGGCUGACCUGGUUGAUAGUAUUGUAAGGGAUAAAAAGAAAGUGCAUUCUGUAUCAAUUUUGGCAAAGGGAUAUUAUAAUAUAAACAAUGACGUAUUUUUAAGUUUGCCCUGCACCCUUGGAACCAAUGGAGUAUCUGAAGUCAUUAAAACCACAAUGACAGAAGACAUGGUGACUGAAAAACUCAGGAGCAGCGCGUCUUCAAUCCAUGAUCUCCAACAACAGUUAAAAUUUUGAUUCUCAAGUGCUGUUAACUGUAAGGGAAGCCCAUGUAAUUUUGCCAACACGUUGACAACAGGUUUGCGAACACGUGUAUCUUACCACUUAUCCUUACAAACCUCUUGGUUAAGGUAGACGGUUUUUUGAGUAGCUGUGUAAUUUGCAUCCUUAAGGAGUCACAUAAGGAAGGGGAAAUCUAACUUUCUUUGGGGUUCUUGAGAUAAUCUCCCAUUCUGUGAACCUGCAGCAGGGAUGAGCACUCAUCUGCAGUGUGCGUGCUUUUCAAUUGUAUAUCCUCGACUCGAGGCACGUCUAGCACUUUGGAAGUAUUUUGAAAGUAAUACAUUUUUUAAAAAAGAUUGUUCUUUGGCAUUUAUAAUAAACAUGGUAAGCUGAAGACCUGGUAUAGAUUUACAAAAUCUGUGCUAAGUGUACAUUCAGAGGGUCCACAGCUCAACGUAGUAAUGUUUCCUUUGCAACCUACAGCUGCUAGUAAUGACAAAGCAUUUUAUUUUUCUUCUUCAAAAUCAUUAGCUACCAAAUACUGGGAAAUCAUUUUAUAUGCACUUUAAAAUAGCAAAAGGUAAAAGUGACCAUCUUUAAUAUAUAAGGUAUACAUAAUUGACUUUCCAGUGGGGCCUCCUCCUGGGCUACAUAACAUCUCCAACAUCUCAUAAACUUAUUAUGCUACUGGUAGAAACAUAAAGAAAUGUGUAAUUUUUAGUGGAAAUAAAUUAUCAAUGAAAGCCACUUUACUUUAAAUCCAAAACAUAAAGCCUUCAUAAAAACCACUAGUCUUAAGAGAGAGAGGUUAGAUGGACUCGUGGAUCUGAGAGACUCCUUUAACCAUUCCAGAAAAAAAGAUUCAGAGCACAUAUGCUUUGGUGAUGGGCCCCAGUGGCAAUAUUUUUAUAUGUGAAAGGAAGCAUAUUCUUACUGUUGUGACAUACAUCUGUAGUUGCAGCUGAUUGUAACAGCUAACAUCAGCACUUCUCAUAUGCCAUGCAGUGUGAUGAGCACUUCAUUAUUUUAUUGGAUCGAAGGUAAAGGAAUAUUAUCAUCAUCAUUUUAUAGAGGAGGGAACUGAGGUCUGGUAAGUGCCCUGAAUCUCCUGGCAGUUGUGGGGCGCUUACCUGUACAACCCCUACUUUUUCUAGACACUAAAAGGGAGAAAAGGCCUAAUCAUCAAAAUGGUUCUUACAAGACACUAAAGUUGGGGUUCUGUGCACUACUUCCAUUCUCAUUUAGGGGCUUACUUUACUUUUUUUUUUUUAGAAAGACUGAUUCCCUGGAUUCCCAGACCUGUCCUCAGCAAAUGGCAGAGGGGUGUAUUCAAGGAGUAGGUGUUUAUUUAGUCAUUCAGCUAAUUUUUGUAACCUACUGUAUACCAGGCACUAAUGGUGAACAUGCGUGGACUAGGAACAAGCCCUCAUGGUCCUCACAAUCUAGUAUAGGAGGUAUGGUAAUCACAUCUCACAAGUAAAUGUACAAUUGCAAAUUAAUAAGAGCUGUCAAGAAGUCCAAGUUGUUUUUUUUUUUUUUAAAGAUUUAUUUAUUUAUUUGAAAGGCAGAAUGACAGAGGGAGAGAGAGAGAUAGGGAGAUCUUCCAUCUGCUGGUUCAUUUCCCAGAUGCCUGCAAUAGCCAUGGCUUGGCCAGGCUGAAGCCAGGAGCCAGGAACUCUAUCUGGUUCUCCUACACGAGUGGCAGGAACCCAGUACUUCAGCCCUCAUCUGCUCCCACACAGGUGCAUUAGCAGGAAUGGGCUGGUGGUGCAGAGUAGCUGGGACUCAAACUAGCGGUCUGAUAUGGCUUAUGGGCAUACUGAGAGGUGGCUUCACCUGCUACAUCGCAUGCACACCUGACUGCAAGGUGUAUUGAAAGCAUGUAAUAGGUGAAUGCAAACCUGGUCAAGAAGGUAAGAGCCAGGUGGUUUAUUAGGGCAGACACAUCCUAGGUAGAGAAUAUUCAAUCUAAUACUGACCUAGUAUAAAAAUGCAUACAGUAGGGGGCCGGCACUGUGGCUCAGCAGGUUAACGCCCUGACCUGAAGCGCCAGCAUCCCAUAUGGACGCCGGUUCUAUUCCUGGCUGCUCCUCUUCCAAUCCAGCUCUCUGCUAUGGCCUGGGAAAGCAGUAGAAGAUGGCCCAGGUACUUGGGCCCCUGCACGCGCAUGGGAGACCAGGAAGAAGCUCCCGGCUCCUGGCUUUGGAUCAGCGCAGCUCUGGCCGUUGAGGCCAUUUGGGAAGUGAACCAGCGGAUAGAAGACCUCUCUCUCUGUCUCUACCUCUCUCUGUAACUCUGCCUGUCAAAUAAAUAAAAAUAAAUCUUUUAAAAAAUGCAUACAGUAAUGAACUUCAGCCAUAGAGAGAGGUGAAAUUCAAUACCCCAUGUUUAGAAAAAUAUUUAAUAUACUUGGAAAGAUUUCCACCAAAGUUAGCUGAAGGAAAACCUUGGACAUUUCAAUAUACAGAUUAUUUUGGAGUUGCUCUAAUAAAACUUGUUUGAAACAGCAAAGUGUGACUGAAAGAACCAUUUCUUGCAUUUUUUAAAGAUUUUUAUUUGACAGGUAGAGUUAUAGACAGUGAGACAGAGAAAGGUCUUCCUUCCAUUGGUUCACUCCCAAAAUGGCCGCUACAGCCAGAGCCACGCCAAUCCGAAGUCAGGAGCCAGGUGCCUCCUCCUGGUCUCCCAUGCGGGUGCAGGGCCCAAGCACUUGGGCCAUCCUCCACUGCCUUCCCAGGCUACAGCAGAGAGCUGGACUGGAAGAGGAGCAACCGGGACUAGAACCCAGAGCUCAUGUGGGAUGCCUGCGCCGCAGGUGGAGGAUUAACCAAGUGAGCCACGGCGCCAGCCUCCCAAUUUCUUGCAUUUUUUAAAACUACUUUCUAGUAUCUGAUAUUCAAGUAUUUCUUGAUCAGUAAUCCAACUACAAAAUAUUGUAUAACAGAUGAAUUACUAAGAAUUUACUGUUAAUUAUAAAAGGAACAUGUAAAUACACUUACUGAACACUUACUGUUAUUCCAGGUGCUGUGUUAGAAUCUGAAUAUCCAAAGAUGAAUAGCAGUCCCUACCUCCUUACCCUCAUAAGGCCACACUAUAGAAAUAAUUUUCUGUAUCAGAUAUUUCUCGAGUGUUAAGUAUUAGCAAUCAUGUUGUCAGUCCCAUGUUAUAAGAAACAGUACUAUCACCAUCACCACCACCUCACUAUGGUUUGGUGAUAAUUUGACAUUGAUAAUGCUUCUAUUAACUUUAACUUCUUCAUUUUUCUAAAAUGAUGCAGUGCCUCUUGUUAUGAUUUUUAAUGGGGCUUAGAUUAAAAUGCUUUUUUAUAUUGUAGCAGAAUAUAUAUAUUUUCUUGUUCAAUAUACAUGUGUGUCCUUACC